UAAAAAAUGGAUCUGCUACGGAAAGAUCUGAGAGUGAGUUAAAUUUUGUGAAGUCUAUUAAGUUAAAGAGAAUAAAAUUGGAAAGGAGUAGAAAACUUUUAUAUUUAUUUAAUGGUUAAAAUUCAUGAAAGCUAUGAUAAGGUGAACAGAGUGUGUGGCACUCUAGUCCCGAUCAUUCAACUACUCCCCAUUCAGAGAGAUGGACAAGUUUCCGGCGUUUCUUCUUCUUCCAUUUCUUUGCUUUUUCCACUCUUUAUUUCUUUCCGACGCCGAUGUUACCGGAAAUUCGUCCGAUCCCGGCCUAACUCUCUCCGCCGACUCUCUCUGCGCCCAGCUUAUCGAGCCCAAUGGUUAUUUCUGCACUGAACACACUGUUCAAACUAAGGAUGGCUAUUUAUUAGCUCUCCAACGCGUCUCAUCUCGUUCUGGGGAUCUUAAAGUUCAGCAAGGUCAUCCUGUUCUGCUUCAGCAUGGAUUAUUCAUGGCAGGUGAUGCAUGGUUUUUGGAUUCCACUGAACAGUCGUUGGGCUUCAUCCUUGCAGACCAGGGUUUUGAUGUGUGGGUUGGAAAUGUUCGUGGAACACGUUGGAGCCAUGGACACAUAUCUUUAUUAGAUACAGACAAGGAAUUUUGGGAGUGGAGUUGGCAGGAAUUAGCUUUGUAUGAUCUUGCAGAAAUGUUGCACUACAUACACGCAAUUACCAGCUCCAAAAUCUUUAUUGUUGGACAUUCACAGGGCACAAUAAUGUCUUUGGCUGCUCUCACUCAGCCAGACAUAGUGGAAAUGGUUGAAGCUGCUGCUCUUUUGUCUCCAAUAUCUUAUUUGGAACAUGUCAGCGCUCCACUUGUACUUAGAAUGGUUGCAAUGCAUCUGGAUCAGAUGGUUCUUGCUUUGGGGUUACAUCAAUUGAAUUUCAGAAGUGAUGUGUUGGUUAACCUUGUGGAUUCUUUAUGUGAUGACCACGUGGAUUGUACUGAUUUUCUAAGUUCUAUAACAGGGCAAAAUUGCUGCUUUAAUAAAACUCGGAUGAAUUUCUAUCUGGAAUAUGAGCCACACCCAUCAUCGGUGAAGAAUUUACGCCAUCUUUUCCAGAUGAUCCGUCAGGGUACAUUUUCCCAGUAUGAUUAUGGAGUCCUGAAAAACUUACUGAUAUAUGGACAGUUUAAACCGCCAGCAUUUGAUCUUAACAACAUACCAAAGUCAUUGCCAAUAUGGAUGAGUUAUGGAGGGAAUGAUGCCUUAGCAGAUGCAACGGAUGUGCAGCGCACUCUUGAGGAAUUAUCGUCAAAACCAGAGUUGCUUUAUCUCGAUAAUUAUGGUCACAUAGACUUCCUUUUGAGCGUAAAAGCAAAUAGAGACAUAUAUGACCAUAUGAUCGGGUUUUUCAGGUCGUUGGAAAAGUCAAGCAGUUAUUAAAGACUCUGACUGCUUUCUAUGUUCUGUCAUAUAACGUAUAGGCUAUAGUAUUCAAAUGUACUUAACUAAUUGCUUGUGUGCAUGUAUAUUGUAAAGUUCACCCCUAUUUCCUCUCAUAUUACUUCAUGAUCAAUAAGAUCUAAGAAAGAUGGUUUAUUAUGAGCCUUGAAAUAUUGGUGAAAGGACCAGCUAGAAAUUGGGCCCGGGGUGGGGGGGGGGGUGGCGGAUUGCUUCUUAUCUUUUAAUUGUAGUAUAUUGUGCAGACACUGGUAAUUUAACCCAUUUCCUUGGAAUGGAUGUUGAGGCAAGUCGUUUUGACAGGGGUGGCAAGCUUGGUUGAAGAUACCAUCAUUGUUGGAGCGAGCCUGCAGAGCGAAGAAACCUUGGCAGAAGUUAUGACAGAAGAUCGAAGUUAUAAUCUAACUGCGGAUCUCAGAAGUGUUUUCUUUGUUAAGGACAGUUUGUUACAUUAGAAGAGCAUGGAGCGAGGGGCAACCUCGGAACGGCCGAAGUUCAUGUGCUUCAUUCAUCUCCAAGGUUGGCAUAAUAGAUUUUUUUUUCCCCCUAUGUAUGCCUUCAAUGGAAUGUGGGUUCCAUUCAGUCCCAUAUUUAUAUUGUUAUUUUGAUAUGUAAAGAGAAACUGAUUUCAUUUGUUUCUACUUAUUUUUAUUAGAUUUGAAUUAUAGCAUAAUAUUGAUUGCAUCAAA